AUGGAAGAACUAUAUGAUAAGUAUGAUUUGAGAAAUGAUAAUAUUUCUUUACUUGAAUUAUCAUCUGAAGAAGAUUUAAAAGUAAAUAUAAUAAAUAAUCAUAAGAACUUAGUUGAGUAUUAUAAUAAUAUAUUAAAAAAUAAACAAACAUUAACAAAUGUUACAUAUUUUAAUAUGGAUAUAACAGAUGAUAUUGUCGAAAUGAAUAAUGCUUUUUCUGAUCCUCUCAAAAUAAAUGAAGAAAAUGAUGAUAAUGUUGAAUAUAAAAUUAAUCAAUUUUUAUCCUUAUAUAACAAACCAUCAUCAGGAACUAAUAUUUUAUAUGAUAAUGUGAAUAUAAACGUACAUUGUGAACAUUAUGAGGAAAAUUAA